GCAGGAAACAAGCUCAGUCGACUGAUCGUUGAUCAGACAGAGGCGCGCGCGCGCAGCACACCGUGCGGACACAAUCGACCGUUUUACGGCGGAACAAAAAUAAUUAAAUUCGUAAGAAAUAUUUAAUAAAGAAAAUGAGUUUCACAAUGGACGCCGAGGCAGAGGCUGAUGCCCUGACCGCAAAAAUUAUCACGAUGGUAUGCCUGUUCGGGAUAUCCAUGAUAACUGGCUGCUUGCCGUUGCUUAUAUCCCUAAAGUGGGACUGGUUCAAGACGGGAGACGCCAACCUACGUAACUCCAAUCAGCUGGUAAUGGGCUUACUGGCAUUCGGAGGGGGAAUCCUGUUCGCGACCACCUUCAUGCACUUGUUGCCCGAAGUCGAUGAAAACAUUGAACAUCUGCAAGAUGAAGGUGAACUUCCUGAGUUUCCAUUGUUCCUCGCCGGGCUGAUCAUGUGCGCCGGCUUCUUCAUGAUCUACCUGAUAGAGGAGUUGGUGCACUUGUACAUCAACAGCCGAGAAAACAAGAAACGAAACACCUCCUUCGCCAAACCUUUCAAAAUGAGGAAGAGUUCCCUGACCUCUGGCAGGUCUAUUGAGGCGGCUACUGCUGCUGCAGAACUGAGUCAGAUGGAGGCUAAUGGGAAGAAGGGUGGAGAGAACCACUUGCCUUUGGAUGACCAGGAUUCAGUGGCUGGAGCACUGAGAGGUCUGCUCAUCGUGUUGGCUCUGUCCAUCCAUGAACUGUUCGAGGGUCUCGCCGUUGGGUUGGAGUCUUCAGUCGCUAAUGUCUGGUACAUGUUCGCCGCAGUAUCAGCCCACAAGUACAUAAUCGCGUUCUGCAUCGGUGUGGAGCUGCUGGCGUCAGGCACGAAGCGAUGGCUGUCCAUCGUGUACAUCUUCACCUUCUCCUUCAUGUCGGCUCUUGGCAUUGGUAUCGGGAUCCUGCUGGUCGGUGGCGCGGGCGCUGCUGAUGCCGGCGUCUAUUCUGUUGUGUUACAGGGCCUGGCGUGUGGAACCCUGGUGUACGUGGUGUUCUUCGAGGUAUGGAAGGGCUGCAACGGUCUGCUGCAGUUCUCUUGCGCUCUCUUCGGCUUCGCUGUGAUGGUCUGUCUGGAGCUUAUCGUCGAACUUUUGAUGUGAGGCGACCAUGACAAAUGACUGGAACCACGUGGAAUCAUUGAAAUUACGGAUAUAUUUAUACAUUUUCUACUUCGAAUAGUCACGUUUAACAUGUAAAUACAGUAAAUAGUUGACAAUUAAUGGAACAUAUGCCCGAACACUCAAACGCUACUCAAUUUUAAGACGCUUUCAAAUGUAGUUCUGUCACUAUCAAUUCUUUAUUAAAUGACAGAGAUAGCACGAUAUUUAAGUACAACUUAAAAUUGAGUAGCGUUUGUGUAUUCGGGCGUUAGUGUCCGUCUAAACAGUAGUGGCUCGUCGGUUAACAAAAUCUGGUGCUAAGUGUGUUGUACGUGACUAUACGAGAGUACGGAAGGUCGAUACCUAGUCAAUGCGAGUAUUACACAGUCCGUCGACUGAGAACUAAACGAUGCGGUCCAGUUAGUUCCUUGUUUAUUAACUAUAUUUUAAGUAUGUAAAUAACCGUUGUUUUUUUAAUAAAUAUUAUUAAAAAUUA